AGGCCUUAGGCAGUUACCUUAACAGCCUCACCCUAAGCCGGCAUUGUCCCUAAUUUCCCACAUCUCCCAUGCUUUAUCUUUCUGUCUCUCCUCUGCAUUCCCCUCCUUAGAGGCCAACAAAAUGGAGCUCAACUUUGGAAUCCUCCUAAUCAUUUCCUUCUCUUAUGUGCUGCUUAUCUCACCUCUAGCCUUAUGCCACCCAAGCCCAGCUCCAUCCCCGAUUCCCGUCUCGUACAUCUCGGAGGCCCCGGCAUACAUCCCCGACCCCUCCGCCUCGUACAUCUCCAAUGUCCCGGCUUCAUCACCCAAACCAUCAUUGGCCCCGGACUCUUCCCCAGCCCCAAGCCCUUCAUUGGCCUCGGAAACUUCCCCUGCCUCAAGUCCAUCAUCCAACGUCGAGUUCAAGGCUGAAAAACCAUCAAAUGCACUUGACCCGGUCGACCUUACAGCCAUCAAGAAAAUAUGUGAUGUCACAGAGAAUCCUGAGCUAUGCGCCAACUCCAUCCUGCCCUACAUGAAGGGGGCUAUCAACCCUAUGACAGCCCUCCAAACAGAGAUCAACACAUUCUUAAACCUCACGGAAAAGGCGCUUGCGCAGCUCAAGGCCUCGGCCAACAACCCUUCCACAUCUAGCUCUACGGUGGAUAACCUCAAAGUGUGCUUGGAUAUCUAUACCUCGGCCAAGGAUGACCUAAACCAAGCCCUGGACGCCAUCGCUUCCAACGACAUGGGGUUGUUGAAAAGCGUGCUCAGCGGGGCGAUUACCGAUUUGGGGACGUGUGAUGACACUUUCGCCGAGGGCGGAGAUGAGUUGCCGUUAAACAAUGAUUUGGUUGCUACAAUGCAUAAGCUGGCUAACAACUGCAUGGACAUUUCCGCAGUACUGCUCGUUUAGAUGUAUUUGAUAUAAUUGAAACGUGAAAGAUGAUUAAUGUAAACGAGUCUUGUUUUCUUUGUUAACGGUCUAUCGUUAAUGUCUCUAUUAUGACGAUUAUCUCAA